AUUCCUGAGCUGCUGCGUCACUCCUCCUCCUCCUCCGCGCUGAGUGUUUAUGAAUGAGAGUCCCGCGGUGAUUCCGGGAAAAGGCGGGUCGCUCUGCUUCUCCUUUAAACGCGUUCACUUGUCUUCCCUUCAGUUUCCGAACUCCGACUUUGAGGCACAUCGACGGAUAUCUGUUACUGGGCUGCGGCGACGGAGGAGGAGCAGGAGGAGGAAAAGAGUAAAAUAAACAACAGGCGAGCCGCUGCCGCUGCUGCUGCUUUUUACUGGGCGCCAGGCAAACAAAAACGCAACAAUGACAUCAGACGCCCGAGCCAGCAAAGCCCUCAAGGUGAAGAGGGAGUGUGGAGAAAAUGUUCCUGUGCUUUCAGACAGUGAGCUCAUGUCUUUGUCGGUGCGCGAGCUGAACCUGCACCUGCGCGGUUUAUCGAGAGAGGAGAUCCAGAAGCUGAAACAGAGGCGGCGCACGCUCAAGAACCGUGGCUACGCUGCGAGCUGCAGGGUGAAGCGCGUAUCUCAGCGAGAAGCUCUGGAACAGCAGAAGAAGGAGCUUCAGCGCGAGGUGGAGCGGCUGGGCGCUGAGAACGCGGGCAUGCGGCGGGAGCUGGAGGGGCUGGGUGCUCGGUUGGCCGCCCUGCAACGCUUCGCCCGAGGCUUGGAGGCCGGAGGAGGAAGCCUUCUGGCCACAGCCCCUCGCCUUAACACCGCCUCAGUCAUCACCAUAGUGAAGAGCCCACAGCAGGGCCACGCCCACAGAGAACAGGAAGCGUCCUAGGGAUGGCUGUUAUUAGCAACAGGUGCACAAAAUCACAUGCAGCUACACUCUUAAAAAUAAAGGUGCCAUGGGUGGGUGAGAGAGUGAGUGUGAAGGGCCUUCACAUCUUCACCAUGGUGUAAAAUGUUCCUAUCAAGGAGAGGUUUUAUCCAAGCCAAGAAGCACAUGGAAACCUUUAUUUUUAAGAGUGUACAGAGAGGUACACAACACAGACCAGAUACAAUAACUGGACCAUUUAAGCUGAACUGAAUAACGGACUGACUGGCAAGCAUUUCGAUUUAGAAAUGUCUUAAAAGAUGUUUUCCUGAAGUCAGUGGAACUGAUGAUGAGGUAUGUUUUCAGAUUGGUCAUUGGCUCAAGCUCUUACAUGUAUACAGGUCUAACAGUAUACCUACCUAGGGUUGGGCGGUAUUUAGAAGAUAAAGCUUCAAACCUGCGCACACAAGCGAGUAAAUGAUCUUAGGAGUAAGGCACAUCCUGCAGACGCAUGUGUUUUUAAGUUUAGUGGCUUUUCCUUUGAUUUGAACAGAGUACAUUGCUAAACGUACAGGAGCUCUGUCUUAAAUUCGAGUGCGCAUCCAUCCUGUGGCCAUAUUAAAUGCACAUGAAUGAAUAAGCUAUUUUGGCCUGUAUUAGUUAGUUUACACAGAGCAUAAAUCUGGCAUGUCAGUCUUUAGAGAUACCUUUAAAAUAUGGUAUUACUGUUGUACCGUCCAACCCUGUACCAAUCAUUACAGUUCAUACAUACAUUGUGAGCUGGUGAGUUCCACUUUCUUGUAAAUGUCCCAGACUGGCUUCUGUCCACUGCCUCUCUUGUGAGGCACUUAAUUUGUUUGUUUUUUGUUUGUAAUUUCAACAUUUAGAAUGACCAUUUCGUCUCCAUGAGCUGAUGUUAAACUCAUGUUUCUAUGGUCAGCCUAUAACGUUGACUUUAACCAGUAUAAAAAAAGAUGUGAGUAGGGUGUUGUUGGUCAGUUUACAUGCUAUUUAGCUCAAAGAUGUCCUAAUCACACCAUUAAUAUUAUAUGCUUUACUUUUUGGCCUUACAUGAUGAUACUAGUCACAACUGUACAGGUCUUUACUGGAGUAACGACUGAACUCGACUUUAAUAUCUCUUGACUACCAACUUUCCUAUAAGUUGGCAAACACUGCUGGAAUAUAUUGAUAACUACCAUUAGUCACGGAACUGGGCUCGGUUUACCCAAAGCAUCUUGGCACAAGGAUAGACCCUAACUCCUAAAUGGCAGAGCAAGCAUCAUCACACUGUGAUCCACUUUAUCUACCAGUUAAGGCCAUCUUAAUACGGAGAUGCUGUUAUUGGGAAACUGGGCCCAGACCAGUAGAAUGCCACGUCAAUGCAAGCUUAAACAUUCCUGUAUAAUAAUUAUUUUUAAUACUUAAACAAAAGACAAAUAAUCUGCAAAAUCGAGAGCUGUUUUAUCUCUAUUUAAGAUGAAGACCUUUAAGCUAAGAAGAGCUGUGAUUUUAAGUCCAAAUACUGCUUAUGUGCUUAUGUAUGACUAGCUUAGGGAUGUUGCCGUGUCUGAAUUAAUGUAAUGGGUAUGAUUUUUUUUUUUUUUUUGGUUUCGUAUGUAGGGUUUACUGUUUUAAUGAGGAAUUUAGCUAUGUUUAGAGAUAUGGCUCUAUUACUGUAACUUGAUUCAGUGUGUGUGUGUGUGUGAAGGUCAUAUUUGUGUUAUUACAGUAUAGUGGCUUGUCAGUAGUGGUAUUUUUUUGUAUUUAAAAGUAGAAUGAUAAUUAUUGAUAUUUAUAACAACAAAAUACAUCUGGACGCUUAAACAGUAUCACAUGAGAGGAAGAUGUGGGAAAGAAAGGGAUGAGGGGAGAAAGAGGGUAAGAGAUUGAUUGAAAAGUUAAGAAAACAUGUUGCUGUCCAAAAAAUAACUAAAUAAAUAAAUAAAAGGUAUCUACAAAAUGAGAAAUUGUAAGGGUAUAAAUGAAAGUCAGAAGAGGAGAUUUUAUUCCAAGUAAUGUUGGAAAAUAUUGGAAAGUAUUUUUUUUUUUUUUUGGACAGCGAAGUGAAGUAAAGGAGAAAAGUAGGUUGUUAAGAAAGUGACAGAAGGAAUGAGAGAUGGACAGAAAUACAGACAGGAGUGACUGUAAAUGUUCACGUUUAACCCGUAGUUGGACAAGAAAAUUGCCAACUAUUAGCCAGAAGAGGGGGUAAUAUGCUGUAUAGGGGUUGAUAUUUGUAGAUGGAAAGAUUUUUAUUGCUAAUUCCCUAUUAAAUCUGUUUAGCUAUUUCAAUGUUCAUAUUGAGGAGCACUUGACUUAAUAUCAUUAUGCUUUCUGUUUCUAAACAUGCUGGAUGUUUUGUAAAGUAGCAAAACAUAAGUAUUUAUUACCUGUAUUUUUCUAUGGUAAAGUAAAUAUAUUGUCUAUUUUAUACCAUUAAUUGAAAUAAAUGUAUAUAUUGUACAUACAAA